UUCACUCUUCUUCCUCUCUCAUGUAAACUCUCUCUCUCUCUUUAUCUCUCCCAUUUUUUUUUUUCCUUUUCCCAAUUUUUUUUUUUAAUUUUUCAUUUCUGUAACUUUCUUCUCCGUCAAAGAUACAGAGAGAGGGGGAAAAAAAAAACACAAUACCAGAGAUUAAAAAUCAAAACUUUUUUUGAAAAAAACGAUGAUGCAACUGGGUGGUGGUACUCCGUCGACGACCACCACUACUACAGCAGCCGCUUCAACCGCUACUCCACCACCACCGCCGCCACAGCCACAGCCCCAGCCACAACCACAAUCGAACGACUCAGCCGCUACCGAAGCAGCUGCGGCAGCAGCGGUUGGUGCGUUUGAGGUAUCGGAAGAGAUGAACGACAGAGGAUUCGGAGGAAAUCGUUGGCCGCGGCAGGAAACGCUAGCGUUGCUGAAAAUACGAUCUGAUAUGGGAAUAGCGUUUCGAGACGCUAGCGUUAAAGGUCCCUUAUGGGAAGAGGUUUCUAGGAAAAUGGGGGAGCUUGGUUACAUAAGAAACGCAAAGAAAUGCAAAGAGAAGUUCGAAAACGUUUACAAAUACCACAAACGAACCAAAGAAGGCCGUACCGGUAAAUCCGAUGGCAAGACUUAUCGUUUCUUUGAUCAAUUGGAAGCUCUCGAGACUCAUCAUCAUCAUCAUCAUCAACAUCAGCCGCCUCUACGACCACACCACCACCAAACCAACAACGUCAACUCCAUAUUUUCAACUCCUCCUCCUAUAACCACAGUUAUGCCACCGUCCGCACCAUCUUCCUCGGUUCCUCCGUAUACUCAGCAAUUGAAUGUACCUUCUUCGUUUCCAACCGACUUCCUCUCUGACAAUUCGACAUCUUCUUCUUCGUCUUCCUACUCGACUUCUUCUGAUAUGGAUACCGGCGGCGGAGGGACGACGACAACGACGACGAAUAGGAAGAGGAAAAGGAAAUGGAAGGAGUUUUUCGAGAGGUUGAUGAAACAAGUCGUUGAUAAACAAGAGGAGCUUCAACGCAAGUUCUUGGAAGCUGUUGAGAAGCGAGAGCACGAGAGACUUGUCAGAGAAGAAUCUUGGAGGGUUCAAGAGAUUGCUAGAAUCAACCGUGACCAAGAGAUCUUAGCUCAAGAACGCUCUAUGUCCGCUGCUAAAGACGCUGCUGUUAUGGCUUUUCUUCAAAAACUAUCAGAGAAGCAGCAACCAAACCAGCCUUCUGCUACUACGGUACAGCCACAGCCACAGCCGCAACAAGUUCGACCACAAAUGCAGCAAACGCCUCAACCGUCUCCACCUGCUCCUCCUCCGCUUCUGCAGCCAAUUCAAGCUGUUUUACCGUCUUCAUCAGAGACUAGGAAAACGGACAAUGGAGAUCAGAGUAUGAUGAUGACUCCGGCUUCAGCGUCAGCGUCAGGGUCAGCGAGUUCGUCGAGGUGGCCGAAGGUGGAGAUAGAAGCAUUGAUAAAGCUGAGGACGAAUCUUGAUUCCAAGUAUCAAGAGAACGGGCCAAAAGGACCACUGUGGGAAGAGAUAUCAGCGGGGAUGAGAAGGUUAGGAUUCAACAGGAACUCAAAGAGAUGCAAAGAGAAGUGGGAAAACAUUAACAAAUACUUCAAGAAAGUCAAAGAGAGCAACAAGAAACGUCCCGAAGAUUCCAAGACUUGUCCUUACUUCCACCAGCUCGAUGCUUUAUACAGAGAACGUAACAAGUUGCAUCACAACAACAGUAUUGCAUCUUCUUCUUCAGCUUCCGGUCUUGUUAAACCGGAAAACUCUGUUCCUUUGAUGGUACAACCGGAGCAGCAAUGGCCUCCUGCGCCUGUAACUACGACCGAGACUACAACGGCAGUGGCUGUGGUUCAGCAGCAGCAUCCUCAGCCGCCGUCGGAUCAGAACUAUGACGAUGAAGAAGGUACAGAUGAAGAAUACGACGAUGAUGAGGAUGAAGAGGACGAGGAGAAUGAAGAAGAAGAGGAAGGAGGUGAGUUUGAGCUGGUGCCUAGCAAUAACAACAAGACGACGAAUGAUCUUUAAAUGGCGAUGAUGCGAGUUCGAUUCCGAGUGGUCGUGGUGGUGAAAAGAUUAGUAAUCUUUUUUUUCUUUUUAUUAAGUUUUGAUACAGAGAAGAUGAGAGUUUAAAUAUUGGAGGGGGGGUUUGUUUUUU